GUACCCCCCAGGGGCGGACUGACCAUUUGGAAACUCGGGCACUGCCCGAGGGCCCAGGGUCAGUAGGGGGCCCUAGAGAUGCCCCUGGUACCUUUUUCAUAGGCUUUUUUGAGUUUGGGCAAGGACACAGGGGCCCCAUGAUCCCCUCUUGCCCGGGGGCCCCAUGAGUUGUCAGUCUGCCCCUGCUGACAAUUGGCUUGUCAGGUUUGCAAAUUUUCCUAGCUGCUAUAGCAGCAACGGUGUGCAAAACCCCCUGUUGCUGCGGAUGUAUGGCAAGCUU